AUGGCCCAGCGCGUGAUCACAGGAGUGGAGAAUGAUUACCUUAUGUGUAGUAUCUGCCUGGGUAGGUACAACGACCCCCGUAUACUUCCCUGUGGACACACCUUUUGUCGACAAUGUUUAUCUGAUCACAUCCAGCAGACUGUUAGUGGUCGGAGCAAUCGUCAGUUUAUGUGUCCCAUAGACCGAUCACCCGUACCUAGUCCGGCCCAGAGUCGCCAGCCCCGGGAGUGGGCCAACACGUUUCCAGAAGACUCCUUCCUAGCUAGUUUACUUCAUGCUGUUCACUUACACGAGGAUGCUCGAGCUGGAGGGCACAUCGUUGUGCUUCCCUCGAGGAGACGUCAACCUAACCGACCAGCCCCAUCUGGUUCGGUUAAUGAUCCCCAAAAUACUACUGAGGAACCUCCUCCACCACCGAGAAACCUUUCUGAGGGUCUGACCUGUGUGGAGCACGCGGGUAGACUCUUGGAGUUUUUCUGUCUUGGAUGUAACGUGCUCGUAUGUGCUCACUGUGCCGUAAGGAACCAUCGCGCGCCAAGGUGUGAAUGCAUAGCAGUCGAUGAGGCGAUAGAUAGGCUGAGACCACGUGUUGAAGCCUUGCGUCAGCGCUUUCAGAACCAGAUGAACCACAUAGAACAGAUUAGUAGGGGUGAAAUCCCGGUAGACAUGGUACUUGAAAACAGUAAACCCCGAGUGUUACAGCGACUCACUGAAAUGGAAACCCAACUUUCAAGGUUUACGCAAAUAUGUCUUCAAAGUGUCGAAAAUCUCCGCCAGGAAAUUCGUGAGAGUAGUGCCAGUAAUACAACAGGAAACCCACAGUUAUCUUUGCUGUUUGAUGCCAUUCAAGAGACUAAGUUGACAUUUGAUAACGUUAUGCAGAUUAAUUCUAGUCCCGAUUUGCUGAGUACCUUACCUCGAGUUGAAUCUCAAGCCGACGAGUAUGAUGCUGCUAUGAUGGCGGUUUCAGAGUACAGUACUCCUUCCUCUGAGAUUGAAUUUCUUACAAACGCUGCCUUCAACAACUUUCUGAGAAACCCUCCGCCAGUUGGUUCAAUAAAUAUCAAAAGAGCCCCUAGGACACAUUCACAAGUUCAGAACACGAGGGUCAGUCAAACGACUACCAACACAAGAACCAACACUAGAGUUGGCCGGGAUCAGAAUACUAGAAAUAGACAGGGACAGACUAAUAGAGCUAAUCAAGGGCAGACCUCGAGAGUCAGAAGAGAGGGCACCUUCAACGUCACUCCAGCCAACAGGACUGGGGCUCCCGUGUCUCAACAGACUCCAAUCGUGCGCCCAACUGUUACGCCUCGCAACCCUCCCCGACAGAUGAAUCCCCGAAGGAGAAAGGGCCCACAAAAAAGUAAGUCGACCAUCAAUGUGAAGAACCUUCAGGAGGACACGAUGACGUGGCAGCUUACCGGAAUAACAUUUGUUGGAUAUUCAGUGGUCGUUGUAGAUUCGUACAACCACAUGGUCCGACAGUGUAGUAUCGCCGGGUCCCCCACCAUGAACAAGUCUUUCUACAUAGAAAGUCCAUUAGGGAUCACAAGCCUGACGGACCCAACGGAAGUGGCAGUCACGCAACCGGACAAACGGAAGGUGGUGAUCCUUACACUGGACCCGGAUAUACGAGUCAAGGAAACCAUAGGCACACAGAAACAGUAUGAGGCGAUCAGCCAGCUGAAUGGCAUCUAUUUCGCUGUAACAUGUACAGAGGGUCGCCGCUGCGUGGAUAUAAUUGAUCGGGUAGGACGGAUCCAAAAGAGUAUAGAAAGGUCACAGUUAUUUCGAGCGCCCAGAUAUCUUACCAUCACCUCGGAAAGUAGUAUAGUGGUCAGUGACAGGGAACAAAAGCAUGUUGUGUGUAUGACCCAGACAGGACAGGUACAAUGGACAUACCCAACCCCGGUCUCCCCGUGGGGUGUGGCUGCAGACGGAACCGGAAACGUGUACGUGUGUCUGGACAAUAACUGUGUGCACGUGCUGUCGGAGGACGGCUCACUGAUAGAUGACAGUUUCAUUGCCGCCAAAGAUGGAAUUAGAGUGCCCUAUGCCAUAUGUGCGCGAUCUCGUCAGGUAGCAAUAACCGAGUUCGGCUCUAGUCUGUUUGCACCAAACAGUCCAUGGGUACAUGUUAUUUCAGCAUAA